CAUCCGCUUAACACUUGAACAGAGCAUCAUUCGAGUUCCCUUCCGCAUAAUCACUGACAAACGGGAGAUCGAUCCUCAAUUCAUUAAUUCCAGUGGCUCUGACGAGGAAAUGUCGCUAGUCUCGGGCCCUGGUAGAGGCGGAGGAGGUGCUGGUAUGCAAGAAGAGCUAUGUACAGACAAACAUGUGUCAUAUAUUCAGAGUCUCAACAAACGCAGUGAUGAACUUGAAUAUGCAUACACAGAUCAUCUUCGUAUGAACGGUGUCUACUGGGGUUUAACCCCAUUGCAUCUUAUGAAUCAUGCUGAGGCGUUACCAAGAGAUGAGACGAUAGACUUUGUACUCUCGUGUCAGCAUGAAAGUGGUGGAUUUGGAGCUGCACCUUUGCAUGAUGCGCAUAUGCUGUACACCGUGUCUGCUAUACAGAUAUUGGCUACUCUCGACGCCUUGGAUGAAUUAGACAGAGCAGGCCGUGAUGGGAAGAGAAGAGUGGCGUCAUUCAUAGCAUCCUUACAAGAUCCCAAAACCGGGGUCUUCAGAGGCGACGAAUGGGGUGAGUCAGACACGCGCUUUCUAUACGGCGCUCUUCUGUCCUUGUCGUUGCUAGGAAAGUUAGACUUGAUUGACGUCGACAAGGCUGUCUCCUACGUUCAGCAAUGCAUGAAUCUGGAUGGAGCGUACGGCGUCCGGCCGGGGGCUGAGUCUCAUGCCGGCCAAGUGUUGACAUGUGUGGCUUCUCUAGCUAUUGCUGGUCGCUUGGAUCUCAUUGAUAGAAGUCGUCUUGGGACCUGGUUAAGCGAGCGCCAGCUAGAAAUAGGUGGGCUCAAUGGACGGCCUGAGAAGCUUGAAGACGUGUGCUACAGUUGGUGGGUAGGUGCCAGCCUCGCGAUAAUUGAGCGUCUAGAUUGGAUUGAUAAGCCGAAGCUUCAGUCUUUUAUAUUGCGCUGUCAGGAUUAUGAUCAUGGUGGACUGUCUGAUCGGCCGGGGAAUGUAGUUGAUGUAUUUCAUACUCAUUUUGGUCUGGCUGGUCUAAGUCUCUUAGGACAUCCGGGCCUUAAACAAAUAGACCCUGUGUAUUGUAUGCCUAAAGACGUAAUAGAAAGGCUGCUUGGAGAGUAAAUGUCGGUUUCUCUGUCAAUUAUAAGUGGCUAUGUCUGUGUUCUUGUCGUACUAGUACGAUAUGUUGAUAUACUAUCACCAGCCUUCUUACCUCUUGCUAUCUAAUAACCCACUUUCGACAUGCAUGGAUGCUGGGAUACAAAGCAAGAGGAUAGCAAUAUUCUGUGAGAAUUGUCUUCAGGCUCGGUUGUACUGUAUUCCAAAGUAACUAAGCCUCCCAAGAUAACACAGUACAUGUUGUGAUG